AUGCGAGGCCCGGACGCGCCCGCGCCAACAGCUUGGCGGAAACGAUGGAGGGCGUCGAGGCGGCUGGGGCCCCUCGGCAGGGAUGUGCGGCUUGCUGCUGCCAGAACCACCAUGAAGUCUCUGCUGCUGAAAGUCCUCCUCCUGGGUGACGGGGGCGUUGGCAAGAGCUCCCUCAUGAACCGCUAUGUCACUCACAAAUUUGACUCCCAGGCCUUCCACACCAUUGGGGUGGAGUUCCUCAACCAGGACCUGGAAGUGGAUGGACGCCUUGUGACUCUGCAGAUUUGGGACACGGCAGGACAGCAGCGCUUCAAGAGCCUGUGGACGCCCUUCUACCGCGGUGCAGAUUGUUGCCUCUUGACCUUCAGCGUUGAUGACCGCCAGAGCUUCGAGAAUCUGGGCCAUUGGCAGAAAGAGUUUGCCUGCUACGCCAAUGUGAAAGAUCCGGAGCACUUCCCCUUUGUGGUGCUGGGCAACAAGGUGGACAAGGCUGAGAGGCAGGUGGCAGCAGAGGAGGCCUGGGCAUGGUGCCUGGCACAUGGCAACUACCCUUACCUGGAGACAAGUGCCAAGGUUGAUACAAAUGUGGCAGUGGCUUUUGAGGAAGCAGUGAGGCAGGUGUUGGCCUCGGAAGAGCAGCUGGAGCACUCUGUGUUGGGCCAGACGGUCAGUCUGCAUCCCAGUGCCAAGCCCGGCUCUUCGUGCUGCUGA